AUGACCGGCAAUAGUGCUGAAGAUAAAACUUCACAAAUGCAACACGGCACUGAUGAAAAAGCCGUUAAAAUGCUUCGUGGACGGGCCAAAGCGGCUCUAACUAGAAUAACUAACUUCAUUAAUGUCGAAGGACAAAUAUUUGAUAAAUUUGAUUUAAGAAGCAAACUAGAAAGAUUAGAAACUAUAUUUAUUGAAUUUAACAAAGCUGAUUCUGAAUUGCCGGAAGAACUUUCGGAAAUAGAACAGUUCGAAGAAAUAUAUUAUGCAACCAAAGUCAAGCUACUAAAAGCUCUUGAAAAUUUGUCUGUGAAUUUAAAUCAAGUGCAAAUUCAAAAUAAUGAUUGUAUGCCUAUAGGGCUUUUGUGUUUUGAACCAGCAAGUAUAAUCAAGCAUAUUCCUAUAUCGGAAACUGGUUAUACUGAAGCUUGGGAUAAACUGUUAGCUCGCUAUGAUAAUAAGAAACAAAUAAUUUCUUCUUUAAUUAAAACCUUCAUGGAUCAACCAGAUAUUGUUAACGCUAACUGUGCUAAUUUGCGCAAUCUCACUGAUACUUCUGACGAAGUUAUCAGAGGUCUAAAAUCUAUAGAUUCUAAAGCAGAUUCUAGAGAUAUUUGGCUAAUUUAUAUUUUAUUACAAAAAUUGGAUAGCAAGACACGGGAAGAAUGGGCGAAACAUACAACUAAGGAAGAAUUUCCUACAUUUGAAAUGUUUCUGGAGUUUCUAAAUAAUAAAUGUGUAUCUUUAGAAUUAUGCAAUUCAACCGAAUGCAAUGAAAUUAGAAAUUCAUCCAGAAGUAAUAAAAAUAGUGCAUCUAAUAGAUGUAUAAAAUGUAAGGACACUUCUCAUUAUUUGUCAAAAUGUCCGAAAUUUAAAGAAAUGAAUGUAAAAGAACGCAAGCAAUUCGUGAAUAAAUUCAAAUUGUGCUUUAAUUGUUUAUCUAACAAGCAUUCGGAUAUUCAAUCAUGCAAUUCUUCUUAUUCAUGUCAUUUUUGCAAACGCAAACAUCAUUCACUUCUGCAUGAAAGUUAUGAGCAAAAGAAUGUUUUCUCGAAUGCAUUUCAUUCGAAAGGUUCAAGUCAAAACUUUCCGCAAAUAAACUCUAGUGUACAACAAACUGAUGUCCCAACACGAAACGAAAAAAGCGUAUCUGUGAAUGCCGUUAGAGCUGCAUUUGCGUUAUUACCUACAGCUUGUGUUUUUGUCAAAGAUGCUAGCGGGGAAUCGAGAACCUUAAGAAUUUUGUGUGACUCAGGAAGUAUGACUACGCUCCUAUCCAACUCCUGUUUAAAUUCUUUGGGAUUAAAAAGAAAAAAUGCACGUUUCCCUAUCACUGGUCUUGCAGGUUCUAAAAUUGGUUUAACUAAAGGCUGUGUUGAAGUUAAUUUAAGUUCCAGAUUCAACCCUGAUAUUGCACUGCCCGUAAAUGCGUUAAUUCUAGAUAAAUUGACGGCCCCACUUCCAACUGAAGCAAUUCAAAAGGAACAUUUCGCACAUUUAAGUAACAUUAAUUUAGCCGAUGAAAACUUUUACCUUCCAAUUUCGGGAAGACUGCCAGAAAAUCAGUCGAAUUCAAAUUCAUCAACUAGCUUACACAUUUACGAAUUAAAUGUUGAUAGUGAGCUUAGAAAAUUUUGGGAAAUGGAAGAAGUAUCAGUAGCGAAAAGUAAAAUUCUUUCACCGGAAGAAGAAUUCGUAGAAACACACUUUAAAGAAAAUUAUUCAACAAAUUUCGAUGGACGUUUUGUUGUGAAGUUACCGUUUUUGAAGUCGCAAGCCGAGUUAGGUGAUUCAAAACCCGCGGCUAUUUCACGACUUUUUGCCAUGGAACGAAAAUUCAAAUUCAAUCCGGAAUUCGAAAAACAUUAUAAAGAAUUUAUGCUCAACUACGAAGAUUCAGGUCACAUGUCGCCUUUAACAAAGAAUUCAGAUAUUCUUCUAAAAAAUGAACAGUGUUUUUUGCCUCAUCACGCUGUUUUCAAGCCAUCUAGUACCACUACAAAGUUACGCGUAGUUUUUGACGCAUCUUUUUUCACUGCGGACAUUGAGAAAAUGUACCGUCAAAUUUUAGUAUCGGACGAAGAUCAACCUUAUCAACAAAUUGUUUGGCGAUACAAUGCCGAAGAUAAAAUACAAACGUACAGGUUAAAAACUGUAACGUACGGUUUAGCUUCCGCCUCAUUCCUAGCUACGAGAUGUAUCAAACAAAUUGCUCUUGAUACACCUAAUCCUAAAAUAUCACGCAUUUUACAAGAAGACGUAUAUAUGGAUGAUCUUUUGUCAGGUUCGAGUAAUUUUUCAGACGCAAUUUCAAUUUGCAAAAAUAUUGCGUCAAUUUUACAAUCCUACGGAUUUAACUUGAGAAAAUGGAAUUCAAAUUUUUCCAAAUUCCUUGAAGAAUUUCCCGAGCAAUGUUCCUCGGAAACAAGCUUUGAAAUCAAUCGUGAUGCACACGUUAGUUCUAAAGUGUUAGGUUUAUUUUGGAAUUCAACAAAUGAUACAUUUGCAUUCAAGGUUAAUUUAUCACUUUCACCACCCUACACUAAAAGACGGAUUCUAUCGGAGUCUGCACGUAUUUUCGAUCCUUUGGGAUUACUUGCACCUUGUGUAGUUACAAUCAAAAUAUUCUAUCAAAAGUUGUGGCUUAUCAAGGGGGAUUGGGAUUCACCCAUUCCGAAGUUAAUGGAAACCGAAUGGUUAAAGUUUCAGGCAUCAUUCAACGAAAUAAAUGAUAUCAGUAUUCCUAGAAGUGUCACCAUUGAUUCAGAAUGCGAAAUUGAAUUACAUGGUUUUGCAGACGCGUCAUCACUAGCAUACGCGGCUGUGAUUUACUGUCGUCAAACUGUCGACGGGUCCACAACAGUUUCACUGUUGGUUGCUAAAACUAAGGUUGCUCCACUCAAGCAAAUCUCCAUUCCUAGACUGGAAUUAUGUGCCGCGCACUUGUUAUCAAAAUUAUUUCUCACUGUUCUCAACUCGUUGAAGAAUUUCAAUCUUCGCGUUUUCGCAUGGACAGAUUCAAAGGUAAAUCUUUCAUGGCUAUCUUCUCAUCCACGUAAGUGGAAGACUUUUGUCGCAAAUAGAAUUUCUGAAACAAUAGAAGUUCUACCCCCAGCUCACUGGAAUUUCGUAUCCUCCAGAGAGAACCCUUCAGACAUCGCUUCUCGUGGUAUCGACCCUAAAUGUCUACCAAAUUGCGAUCUGUGGUGGCAUGGCCCGCAGUGGCUACAUUCAAAUCAAAUGCAUUGGCCUACGGCUGAAUUACAUUCUACAGACGGUGUUAGCGCAGUUAAAGCUGAGGAAAAAUCAAAUCCAAUGUUUAACUUUCAUGCUAGUUCAACAAAUGACCUAUUCGUUCGUCUAGUCGAAAAAUAUUCAUCAUUAUCGAAAAUUAUUCGCAUCUUGGCAUAUUGCUACAGAUUUAUUAAUCUUUGUAAAAAAAGAAUCGUAUUCAAUAUUGCUUCUUGCAAUACCCUCGGUUCACUGCUUUCUGCAGAAACAAGGGCUGCAGAAGAAAAACUCAUUCACUGGGUUCAAGACACACAUUUUUCUGAAGAGAAAAAAUGCAUUCGGCUUCAAAAGCCACUGAAAAGACGCAGUCCUUUGCGGUCACUUUUCCCAUUCAUAGACGGAAACGGUCUCUUACGGGUGGGAGGUCGGUUACAGAACGCAGACUUACCCAUGAACAGGAAACAUCCUAUCAUUAUCCCAUCACAACACAGAUUUAGUGAACUGUUAAUUCGCGAAAAACACGUAGCUUAUUUGCAUGCUGGUCCUACCUUAUUAUCUCAUAUAUUAAGGCAAUCAUAUUGGAUAAUAGGAGGAAAAAGAUUGAUCAACAAAUGUGUUAAUCAAUGCAUAAAAUGUCAUAGAUUCAAAACUAGUAACAGUUCACAACUCAUGGGCAAUCUGCCUAAACCACGAGUGACUUUAGAAAGAGCUUUCUUUCAUUCUGGAAUAGAUUACGCCGGACCUGUUUCUAUAAAAUUUAGUAAAGGUCGAGGUGCUAAAGUUACGAAAGGUUACAUUGCACUUUUCAUUUGCCUGUCCACUAAGGCAGUACACAUCGAAGUAGUAAGCGAUCUGACAACAGAAGCUUUCAUCGCUGCUUUGCGACGCUUUAGUGCUCGCCGUGGCACCCCUCGCCACAUAUACAGCGACAACGCCACUAAUUUUCAUGAAGCUCAUCGAAAAUUGAAUGAGAUAGAACAAUCCUGGCUCAACGCUCUUAGCUCGGAUCCUGUCGUUGAUUACUUGACACAGUUCUCAAUUGAAUGGCAUUUCAUUCCUCCUUCUGCCCCUCAUUUUGGAGGAAUUUGGGAAGCAGGAAUUCGAUCUGUAAAGUUUCACCUCAAACGAGUUAUAGGAGAAACAGCUCUAACCUUCGAAGAGCUAACUACAUUAACUACUCAAAUUGAAGCACUUCUGAAUUCACGUCCAAUCGCAUGUGUUGACGUCAAUGAUACCGACUCUAUAAAUGCUUUGACUCCUUCGCAUUUCCUUACAGGUGAUGUGAUAAGUUCAAUUCCGGAUCCAGCAAACCGGAACGAGCAUAGCUUCAAAGGAAAGUGGGAACUUAUCCAGAAUCUCCGCAAAGGCUUCUGGAAGCAGUAG